GGAGAUCGCUUAUGAUGUCAAAAAACAAAACGAAAGGGAAUAUUCUGAGUAGUCUGACUGACCAAGAAAAAGCACGAUGAAAACUAAAGUAAGAAGAUGCCCCAUAACAAUACUUUACUUUAGUAAAAAAAAAGAUGAUGCCUCAAAAGUUUUUAUGAGCCAAUCACUGUAGGGACUGUUAAUGAUAAAAUAAAUGAUCGAGCUGAUUAAUUAUUAUUUUACAUUCAUUUAAACUACUGGGGCCUACUCUAAAAGUCUAAGUCACUAAGUAGUAAGUAGCCUAAGUCUCUAAGUUUAAUGUUAGAUCUGUACAAUACAGUGUACAGGUAGGCCGUGCCGUGGCGUAGGCACUCCAACUCAAAUGUCCAUAUACAUUUUUAUUUACAUCUUCUGACAUAUACAAAGAGCAUAUCAUUCAGAAUCAUUGGAAAGAUCUGGCUUUAAGCUUUUCAAUAACACCAAGAUUAUCUUUCUAUUUCUAUCACUAAGGAGAAAAGUAAUGAAUUUUUUAGCGAUUUAUUUUAAACCACCAUUUACUAUUAUUUAGCUUUGUAUUUAAUUGUAAAAACUGUGAUCUAAUUCGGGUUUAGAAUUAUUACUCUUUUUGGUUAAUUUAUGCUGUAAAAGUGCAGUUCAGGUGCAUAUGUUAUUUCUGUUUGAAUUUCGUAUUUCAACUUAUGUUAAUUCUUUAUAAAAGUAUUUGAAAAGUAAAAUACCAUCUUUUUAUUGGAAUACAACACAAUUUAACAAAUUUUACGAGAUGAAAAAAAAGUAUAUUUUCGUGAUUCUUUUGUCUUUUACGGAGCCAUUGGGGUUAAAUCAAGGAUAACACUUCUGUCUUGGUUAAAAUAAAUGUUGUAUUUAUUUUAUAAAUUUGCUAUCAAAUAUAACCAGAGUUGCCCCAAUCCCAAUCCCGGUGAGAUCCCAUUUCCGGUGGGAUCCCAUUUCCGGUGGGAUCCCAUUUCCGGUGGAAUCCCGAUGGUAUCCCAAUCCCUAUGAGAUCCUGAUCCAUUGGGAUCCCGUUUCCGGUGAGAUCCCUAUCAUGGUGGGAUUCCGGUCCCCGUGGGAUCCAGAUACCAGUGGGUAACCGGUUCCCGAUAUCGGUGGGAUCCUGUUUUCUGGUGGGAUCCCGUUUCCCGAUAGGAUCCCAAUUAGGUCCUGUUAACUGAUGAGAUUGCGUUACCAGGACUAUUUUGUGAAGUAAAUGGGAUUUUAUAGUUAAAUUCACUAUAAAGGUCCUUUCCAAAGAUAAUUUUGGCACCCCCUGAUUUUGGCGCCUGUUGCUCUUCAUCACAUUCUCAUGGCCCUGCUCGGGGGCAACAAGGUCACCAGGUGAUGCAGCUUAUAUUCUGGGAACCACUGGGUGCACUGAGGGGGCCUUUGAAAUCUAUUUUGUAGUAGUUAUGCGUUUUGGGUGAAAAAAGAAAUACAAAACAAAUGGAGCUAUGUAACUUUGGUUGGGGGAUGUUUAAAGACGCUUCAGAAAUCAAAUAAAAAGAAAAAAGGCGCUGUAUAAUUCAGUAUUAGUUAACUAUAACUCCCUGUAUUUAAUUAUUAAAGAAUACACGUAAGUUUACAUGAGAAAAUGCAAAAUGCGUUAAUAAAUAAUAUAUGCACCUGAACUGCACUUUUACCAUUUAUGCUAUCCAUGCUCUGAUGUUUCCCACGGCCACCACCUUGGUUGCUUUGACUCGUCGAAGGUCAUGGCAACCAAGGUGGCGGCCAUGUUAAAUAAACACACAUCUGCUAAAAAAAUGGGGAGGGGAAAGGAAGAGAAUGUGCUGGUUUAGCUAUUUACCCAGAGAAAAGAAAAUAGUUCAAAAAUUUAUAUAAUUUAAUGACAAUAUUUCUGCCGGUACAUAAAUUUUGUGGUGAACAUAGCUAUUUUAUUGUAUCCAUAUAGUUAUCUAGAUAUUUGGCAAGAAGUGUCAACGACCUGGGGUUGCCCCCUUCCCUGCCAUAAUUUCAGCUGGUACGUGCUUGUUUCCCUCAUCUAAAACAUGUGUGUGGCUACAGUUACAUACUUUGGUAAGAAAACUGUAAAAAUGAAGAAAAACAAUACAAAAUUAUUUUAAAAUACACUUUUACACACCAAAAAUAAAACCCAAAAGUUGUCAGAAAAUCAAUACAACACAAUAAUUCAACCAAUUUUCCUAAAUGCAGGAAAAUUUAAAUAUUAUAAUUAACCAUCCAAUAAAAUUUUAAUUCAAUCAUCGAUGCAUUAAGGAAAAGUUAACUCUAGCAACAACACAAAGAUAAACAACCCGGAGAGAAUCCUACACAGACACACACUAUGGCUCAGAUGGCAGUAAUGGACCCUCUUUUUCUACUAUUUUUUGUGUGUAUGUGGCUUAUUAAGUUAGAGUGCUCAUAUUUGGAGGAGACAUUUACAAUACAGUGUUUAAUGAAACAAAACACAUGAAUUGUGAAUUAACUUAUUAUAUUUUAUGAAAUAUGAUUUUAUGAGCAUAUGGCAUGGAUAAAGACACAAAAUUACAUAAUUAUUAAACCAAUAAAGCUAUUGCUAUAAAAUUUUCAGUACAAAUACUUAAUGUCUAUCUGAAAUUAAGGCAAAUUAAUAAAUAAAUAUAAUGCAGAUCAGUUUAUGCAAUAUUAAAAAUAAACAUUUCAUGAAAAGCUACCUCGGUCAAGACAUUUUUACAUUUAAACACAUAACUUUUGAGCUAAUAACGCCACUGCAAUGAAAUUUUCUGUACAAAUAUCAAAUAGAUAGUGACUGAAUCAAUAUUUGGAUGAAGCAAUGAGAAAGUAUUCUUGCAGUAUUUGACAUAUGCUUUCCAUUGCUGUAAUACAGGUGUACAGCAAAGCCAUUCCUGUAACGCUUUGUGAGGCAUGCUGAGCAAAAUUAAAAAUUUGCAAAAACUUAAAUUCUUUUUUUAACAUCAGCCAUAACCAUUUUAUAAGACUAAAAGUUCAGAGACAAGAUCUAAAAUUUACCAAAACAGAGCACAAUCACAAGGUAUGAUGACUUAACUAUGUAACUCUAAAAAAUAAAAAAAGAGUUUAUGACUACUAAUUAGGAAUAUAUAUAUAAUAUAAAAACCAAUUAAACAGGUUACACAAUGUUCUUUAGUUUAUGUACAUUUAUAAUUGUUAAUAAUAUAGGACUAGAGGCUAUCUAAAUUUCUUUUCAUGUCACCUCACUCUUAUUAGCCUAUACAUCAUUUAUAUAUUUUUGAUCCAAAGCCUACUCUUAUGUAUGAACAAUAUAAGGCCUUAAGUGAAACCAUUGUUAAAAAUCUAUUUUAAAAGUGCACAUUUAUAUAAUCAAACUACUAUGUCAUAAUACAGGAAAUAUUUAUUAACCUGUUUCAAAAACAUUUCUAGUAAUAAUAACCACUGUUAGAGAUUUACUUCUUCCAAUAGAUGGAGUGGGAAAAAAUGGCAUCCAUUUAGCUGCCUUAAACUUAACUUUUAGUCACAUUUCAGAAGCAAUCAUUAAGCCCAGCAACAAUCAGUACUCUUUUGAAGCAAGUGAUUCUGUUUUUAUAAUAUAUAAACUAUGAAAUGAAGUAAUUUCUAAGUUAAACAACUAUUUAAAAAAAAAUAAUUUUAAAGGACAACGAAAUCAUGUACCCAACAUCCACUUUCCAACUGAUCGUCUCAGUGUUUUAGGAUUUCUACUUUGUUUAUACCCUUGUAACUGUCAUGCACUGUCGAUUUGAAUUAAAAUAUGGAAGUUCAUCUACUUUAAGAAAUGACACAAAACAGCGCUAAAUCCCAACAUCUACUGAAAUGGGUUAUCGCCAGCUGAUCACAGUGAUCGGUGUUGCGCAGCCCGCAUUUUCCUACGGCCCGCAGCUUGAGUAUUGGAGUGCCUUUAUUAGGCUCUAGACUAGCCUAGUUAAUUAUCUUUUCUAUAUAUUAUAUACUAAUAAAAGUCAUAGUAUAGCGCCUGCCUGAGCGUAGUGAGAUAUUUUAAAGCCAAAUCUAAGAAGAACUUAGUCUUAUAAGUAAUAUUUAAUUGCAUGUUAGUUAUUUUCUGUUAAUUUUGGAUUUGUCAUUCUCCUAAUCCAUCUCACCACAUACAACAACCUCUCUAGUGUCUUUAUCCACUUCAGAACUCUCCUGCCACUUCCAAAUCUAUCUAUUCAACCAACACUCACCUUCUUCAUCCUCCCUCACCACCUUCAUCCAGCCCAACUCAUACCCUGACCCACUUCAUCAACUCACCACACGCCUUUCAUUUUCAUCCACAACCAAUCCUCUCAACUUACCUCCCACCCUGUAAAUCCACCCAAUCUCUGACUUAAUUUUAAGCAUGUAUAUUUAUACUGUAUCAACAAUAUAACAUAAGGGUUUUAAAGAUUUUUUUGAGUUUGUUAUUCCCCCACCCACCUCCCAUCCAAUUCUGAUUCUCAAUCUCUCAUCAAUCCAACCCCUCCCCCACCCUCCUACUAUCUAAAACCAGCUCCCACUAAUCGCUCAAUUCAGCUCCUAUCUCUGCAAUCCACCUCUAAUUCAAGUGACCACUUCCUUUAUCCAUCUCCCAACCUCUCAGUCUCAAUCCACUUCCCUCCGUCUGUACAGCUUUGAGAUAAAGGAAAAUGUGGAUUUUCUCCUAGUCCUACAUGUGAACUGAAUAUUUUAAUUUACAUGUAAAUAAAUCAAUUUUAAUUUACUUGUAAAUAAAUAAAUCAAUAUAAACUAUUAUUUGGUUCUAAUCAAUCGUUGUCAUGAUGUAAUUAUGAGACACUUUAGAAAUGGAGAAAAGUCCAUUCCUUCGAUUCAAACCCUAUCCCUGUCAAGAAUAUAACACACAGGGCUGGCUGUUAUUCUUAUCUCAGUUUGUCUGGUUGUUUUUAGACAUACAUCAAAGCUAACCUCCUAAAAUAUACAUUUUUAGAAUAUGACCUGCUGUAAGAAGUAAGAGAAUAUUAACUAAAUUUUGCUGUUGUUAUUAAAAAAUUUAUUUAUUUAGAUCUCUAACAAUUUUGUUGUUAUUUACAGUUUAUCCAAUUUUUUAUUUUUUUUGUUGGGAUAGAGAGACAUUAUUUUUAUUCCAUGUCAAAUGUGCUGCUGUCUUUAAAUCUUUUCCCCAAAAGUCAGUUCCUUUGAGGGUUGAUGAGACUAUUUCAUGCUGCUUUUUGACCAUAGCCUCAAACCAUUUACCUUUUAGUUUAAGAUAGACAUGCUACCAUUGCUCCAUAAGGCUGCUAUUUGUUUGGUGUUUAAUAAACAUGAAUUUUGUUCAAUGAUACCAAAAUUCUUAUAAUAUUGUUUGAUCAAGAUGUUGAUAAAAUUGUCCCAUUUAACAGGCAGAACAGUGUAAAGAAGAAGGAAACAAAUGUGUAAAAGAGGGAAAAUACACAGAAGCAGUCUUUCACUACACUGAAGCUAUUAAACAUGAGCCAAACACUGCAGUUCUUUAUAGUAAUAGGUCAUUAGCCUUUCUUAAGAUUGAUCAGCUGUUUCUAGCCAUGGAAGAUGCUCAGAAAGCAAUCAAACUGGAACCUAGUUGGCCCAAAGUCUGUAAAUUUAUGUCCCUUUUUAAUACAUUACCAGUAAAUUUCAUUCUUGAGAUUUUAAGAAAUUUAAAUAAUUACUUACAUAUAAAAAAAACUUUGAUUACACUGCUGUAACAAUGCAGUACGUAUUAUAAAAAUUAAAUUGUGUAUUUUAAAAAUUAAAAUAUGCAUUUUCAAAUUAAUUUUUUUUUAAUAUAUAUAAUCUUUUUCACUUUAAAAAAAAAUUGUUUAGGGAUAUUUCAGAAAAGCAGAAAUAGAAGUCAAAGCUGGGCAUUAUAAUAAAGCAUUAGUGUCCUACAAGGUCAGUGAAACAGUACUGAUAGUUGCUCAUAAACACUUAAUCUCUUAUUUCAAAAAAUUGAUUUAGUUGUUACCACCCAUUCAGGAAGUUGAAACAUUUAUUUAAGUUUUAAAUUGUUAGAAUUCAUACACUAAUUAUUUAAUAAAUGUAUUAUUUACUCAUUCAUAGCAAGCACUGAUUCGUGAUCCAAAUAUUGAAGGAAUAGCAGCUGCCAUAGCAAAGACUAAUAAAGAAAUUGAAAAGGACAAAAGAGGUUUGUUCCUUUAAGUCAAUGGGAUGAUAUAACUAAGUAAGGUAUUCUGUGGUUCAAAUCAUGUGCCAAACUGAAAAUUUCUUGCACAAGACAUAUUACUGAAUGAACUCCAUAACUAUGCCACCUCAACAAGUUGUUGAAAAAAGUUAGGGAAGCAAAGCUCGGGUAGGAUAAAUUCAGCCUUUCUAUUAAAAGUUAUUCAGAAAUUAAAUGUUGUGGACCAUUUUGAGAUAAAAAGUUUCCUGGUAAAUUAGCGUCAACAUAAACACAUGCUGCUCAUCCAGAAAUUGACAAAUAACAUGUUUUAAUUAUAUAACUUUAACAAUGAAUUUAAAUGAGACAUUUCAAACUUUCAGAAUAUUCUGCAAUUAUUUCACAAGCUUUAAUUUUAGUUAUUAAUAGUUAUUUAAUUGCAGGAUUUCAUUUUCAAAUUUUCUUGUUUUCACGCUAAAGUUAAGCUAUUAAAUGCUAUUAACUUUACAGAUGCUACCCACAAGCCUAUAGUGUAUACAUGUAUUGGCCUUGCAGUUGGUGCUUUAAUAGUAGCUGCUGAUCAGUUUGUUGCUGUACAACCUUCAAUACAUGUAAGAAAUUUUAAUGAUGAACAAUUGUGAAGACAUUUUUUGUUUAAAUAUUCUUUUUAAUUAAACUAUUUCUGCUCUAUUUAAUAAUCCUUUAUCCCUAUAACUGCCAUAAUAGCUGAUCAUCUGCACCUUCUGUGGUGUCAUAGCCGCAAGCAAAAUUGUCAUUAAAAAUGUGAAUGAUUUAUUGUAUAAUGGUUAAGUGGAAAUCUUUCUAUACAAAUGAGUUUGCUUACUAUUUAUGUUUCUGUCUGUGUGUUAAGGUGCUUUAUCAGGGCUUUUUUUUAUUAAUAGUAUAGGCUGUGAAAUUUUCUCAAUUUUUUUGAUUGCCAUAAUGUCUGAUGCUGGAGAGGGACCCCUCUAGAUUGCAAAAUCAACAUAGACUUUCUUUAUUGCAAUGAUUUCUAACAUAUUUAAAAUGAAUGGAAUCAUUUCACAGAUAUUUCAUGUGCUAGUAAUGACAGUAUUAGCUCUAGCUGUGAUGGCGCUAUAAGAAUCAGAUAUUGACAAUUUUAGCCCUAAGCUUAGUUGUAUUGUUACAGACAAAUUUGUUUGGGUAAAAGUGGAAAUCAAACAGAACAGACAGUGACUGUAUCCCUAAGACCUACCUUAAAAAGAUUCAAUGUCUUUUAUGUUUGUGUAUUUUCUAAUGUAUUAAUUACAAAAAGGAUUUUAAUCAUUUCAAACGAAAGGACUUUUUGAACUAAUUUCAUGCUUUCCCCCUUGGAUUUUGUGUGACAGAAAUGGGAAGCUAGUGAAUGAAAACUUCCGGUUAGAUGGGAUUAGUGUACAUGUUUUUUUAUGAGGAAUAUUUCUUUGACUAUGACAUUAUUAGUCAAGUAAAUCCUCAACAAACUGUGAUGUAUAAUCUAAAAUGUCACCAUUGCUGGUCAAGGGAUGAGCCAAAAGUCACUGUCUUCAAAAUGCUUGGUUAAUGAUGUGAUUUCGGGGUUUGUACUGCAUUGUUGAUAUUCGACGCCAUUUUUGUUACCACUUCCUGUCUUACUUGAAGCGUAGCAAAACUCUAUUGCUGUCUGUGCUCUCAGACUGAAACACACGGAGUGACUUGUGGUAUGUUCAAAUACAAUAUUACACUAUAUACAAUUGUGGUAACGGCUCUGGUAAAUAAAUUGUUCAUUUUUGAUGCCGAGAGACCAGAAAUAGGCCUUAUAUUUGACAAUUUGGACUUCAGUAGGAAGACAGUUUUCCGCAUAGCUGGUACUGCUCACUGUGUGUUUAUAGACAUUUUACAUAGAGCAUCCCGAUCAUGCUCUACUCAGAGGCCCUUAGGCCGUCAAAAACUGGUACUAUUGUAUCUGGCCUGCAUCCUCCUGGCAAAUUCGUACUCUCCUGAACCCAACCCUGGACCGAACGUUACUACUAGUGCUGGUUCUCCCUUGCAUACCCCAUCAAGUUCCAAAUCCCAGUCAUCAUGGAUCUGCGGAGCAUGUGACCAUGUUGUACAUGUGGAGGACAGAGGCGUUGCCUGUGAACAAUGUGGGCAAUGGUUCCAUCGUCAAUGCCAAAGCAUCGACACUUCUAAUUACAACCAACAUGCUAAAAAUUCUGACGUGCCAUGGCACUGUACUGUCUGCGGCUGCCAGAUUAACCAGUCUGUGUUUGACCCACAUAGUGCAGGGACAGACUCUACCUUCCCAGAUUUCUCUCUGAACCACUCAAUCUCCACACCAAGAGACAUUCGAAGUUUUCAACCACCACACUGCUCUACUCCUAUGCGCUGCAGUCAACAAGACAAAUGGAGACACAGGCCAUUGCGCAUAUUAAAUGUAAACUUCCAGUCUGCAAGUGGUAAGCGAGUAGAGAUAGCUAACCUAAUUAACAGCCUAAAACCCGACAUCAUCUUGGGCUCAGAAACAUGGCUGAAUCCCUCCAUAGCAAACGCAGAGGUUGUACCAGAUAUAUACAAAGUAUUUCGUCGAGACAGAAAAGACAGAGGAGGAGGAGUGCUUGUUGCAGUCCAUCACAACUUGGACUGCCACGCUGUUCCAGAACUCGAUGUUGACGACUGCGAGAUCCUGUGGGUAAAAUUGAAACUAAAGGGUAGACGCACACUUUACGUUUGUGCCUAUUACCGACCAAACACAGCAGAUGAACCAAGCCUGAGGAGGUUCGAGGUAUCGCUUCACAGAGCAACACAGUCAAAAAACGCUUUUCUCCUUAUAGGGGGGGAUUUUAACUUUCCUGGUUGGAAUUGGCAGAUUCCUGCCUUGAAGCCCAAGUCCCCAUACCCUGUUCUACACUCAGAAUUCAUGGAGAUAAUUAACAACCAUGGUCUGGAACAGCUGGUUAAAGAACCCACGAGGGGGGAAAACACUCUUGACCUACUCCUCACCAAUUGUCCACAUCGUGUCCAAAAAGUUGAGGUCAUCCCCGGGAUUUCGGACCACAACAUUCCUUAUUGUGAAUUUCAGGUCAACACACUAAAAAUGAAACAAAUCAUUCGAGAAAUCCCAAUUUAUGCCAAGGCAGACUGGGAUGGCCUAAGGAUUGCAACCACAGAGCUAAGCUCAAACAUGAAGGUGAUUCAAGGUACAGCGACAACAGACGAGCUGUGGGUGAAGUUCAAGACUACAAUCACUGAUGCAGUGAAGAAAUUUAUACCACACCAAAUCACCAAACCUAGGAUAAAUCAGCCAUGGGUCACGGCUGAAAUCCGUAGGCUCAUCCACAGGAGAGACCGCCAAUACAAACGCAUGAAGAAAAAUGGCUCGAUGGAACUGAGAGAGGAGGUACUGAGACUCCGCCGAACCAUUCAACGCUUAUUGCGUAGAUCGUAUUGGAACUACAUGAACGGCAUCUUCUCAGAGGAAGACACCCCGACCAAAGAUGUCAAGAACAAGCGCUUCUGGAGCUAUGUGAAACACCAAAAGUCCUCAAACGCUGGAGUUUCCCCCUUGAGGUGGGAUGGCCAAUUGACAUCUGACCCAAAAGCACAGGCGGAGAUACUCAAUCAGCAGUUCCAGUCGGUCUUUGGUGACGGUAGAGAGUACUCUGAGACUGAGUUCCUUCUGAAGACCAAAAUGAUGAACAGAGCCUAUCCUAUCAUGGGAGAUAUCCAGAUAUCAGAACAAGGUGUGUUUGCCCUCCUCAAUACCAUUAACCCUUACAAAGCAUGUGGUCCUGACAACAUUAAACCACGAGUGCUCAAAGAAUUAGCCAAAGAAAUCGCUCCUGCACUGACAAUCCUCUUCCAAUCGUCACUAUGCACAGGAAAUGUUCCAGCAGACUGGAGAACAGCGCAUGUCACUCCAAUCUACAAGAAAGGGGAGCAUUCCGACCCUGCCAACUAUCGUCCGAUAUCCCUCACUAGCGUCGUCUGCAAACUGUUGGAGCACAUAAUCGUAAGCACUGUCAUGAAGCAUCUUGAAAGCCAAAAUAUACUCAAUGACUGUCAACAUGGCUUCCGAGUCAAUAGGUCAUGUGAGACCCAGCUUCUCGAAUUUGUAGAAGACUUGAUGACCAAUCUGGAGAACCACAAGCAGACUGACGUGCUGGUAAUGGACUUCGCAAAAGCAUUUGACCGGGUGAAUCAUAGUUUGCUUCUACACAAACUCCAGAUAUAUGGGAUUCAAGGCACCACUAAAACAUGGAUCUCUAGCUUCCUCAGCCACCGACGCCAAGCAGUAGUGGUGGACGGUACAAGCUCCUCUUUUGUCAAUGUGAAGUCAUGGGUCCCCUAGGGAUCAAUCCUGGGCCCCUGUUUGUUCCUAGCAUACAUUAAUGACCUACCGGAGAAACUGACAUCACAGGCAAGACUGUUCGCAGAUGACACAGCAGUGUAUAGGACGAUCGCCAACAGAUCUGACCAGGACCAGCUACAACAGGAUCUCAAUCUGUUAGCUGAGUGGGAGAUGAGCUGGGACAUGGAAUUUCACCCUGCCAAGUGCCAGACACUAUCAAUCUCUAGAAGUUGUACUCCUCUACACUACCAAUACGAACUGCACGGCCAUAUUCUUGAGCAAGUUUCCUCCGUAAAGUACCUGGGUGUUACCAUUCAAAGAGAGGUCCGCUGGGACGAGCAUAUUAACAAUGUAUGUAACCAAGCAAACCAAGCCUUGGGGUUCUUAAGGCGAAAUCUAAAGAUUGGCAACUCCUGUGUGAAAGAAAGAGCAUAUAAAGCCUUUAUCCGUCCGAUUUUAGAUUAUGCAUCUUCAGUCUGGGACCCAUUUACCCAGAAGAGCAUUGACAGGUUGGAGGCGGUCCAGCGACGAGCAGCACGCUUUGUCCUAAACCGCUACAGGAAUACCUCUAGUGUUGGCAGCAUGCUAGAAACACUAGGCUGGUCACCAUUGGAGAAACGACGACGACAAUCCAGGCUCUCCAUGAUGUACAAGAUAAAUAAUGGGCUGGUCCACUGUUCCAGUAUUAAACAGAAACUCGUCCCUCUCCCCCAUAGACAGCGACGAGGCCAUGACAGGCAAUUCAGGCUCAUACCAGCAAGAAGCCAGUAUAGGAGCUGCUCAUUCCUGCCCAAGACAAUCAGGGACUGGAACCAUCUUUCAAAAGGAACAGUUGAGGCGACAACACUAGACACAUUUGUGUCUAUUGCCUCAAGCCUUCAAACCCCUAGUGCAUAAUUUCCUCAUCACCACCAGUAACAGAAACAUUGCAAAUCCCAUCUACAUGCAUAGGAGCCAAAAUGAUCAAUAAAUUGAUCGUGGGCCCUUAAGAUAUAGAAGAAGAAGAAAACCAUUCACCAAUAUUACAAUUUUCAAAUAUAAAUACCGGGUACCUAUAACUUGAAAUUUUCUGAAAUAAUAUUGCUUCUAGUUCUUGUAUCUCUAAACCUUUAUUAUAUGAUAGUUUGAACAAUUUAUUGAGUGUUAUGUUGCGUUGAAUUCUGAAGUUGAGUAGUGAAAUUUACUUAUUCUGUCAAGGUCAAUAUAAAAUUAAAUUCUUUUCUUACCAUAAGAUACCUUGUCCAGUAUACUUUCAGAAAAUGUAUACAUUGUUAGGGUCUCUGAAUUAAUUUAGUAUGGGAUUUUGACAAGCAUAAGAAAAUGCUAAAAAUGGCUUGACGCUAUAGAAAAAUUCACAUUAUGGGGUUAUUGAUUAGCAAUAAAACUUUUCCUAAACUUAUCAGAUUUUAAAUAAAUUUAUUUGUAGCUAAGAAUUAGAUUUCACUAAAUAAAUAUAAAGAGACUUAGUUAAUAUUUACUAAAUAUUGCAACGUUUUAUUUUCUAUGGUCUAUAAGCCACAUCCAUGUUGUAAAAGCAGGUAAGCUUCACUAUGUUUACUUUCAUGACUGCAUUUUUGCUGUAUACUUUUUCAUACUCUUGUAAAUCCCUCCUGAUGGUAAUAUUUAAAAAAGAAAUUAUUGAAUAUUGUUUCAUUGCAGUAUGCCAUCCUACAAGUGUUAAUAGUUGUAGGUUGUGGAGGUUUUGGUUUUAUUUCAUCUAAGCUUCAGAGGUAAAUAGAUAUAUUCUAUAAAAUUGUGUUAUUAUUUUUUGAAAAAAAUAUUCACUGGUGAACAUAUUACAUUUCUUUUAAAAAUCAGAGGACAUAAGUAAAAAAUUAUCCUGUUGGCUCCUAUUAUAUUUAAGAAACAUAUAAUUGAUUAUCAAAGUGUAACAUAUAUUGUUUUAAAUAAUUUCAUUUCCAGUGCCGGUACUAAUAUACAGCAUAUCAUUAGGGUCAAUUAAAGUAAAUUAUUAAUUAGCAAUAGAACUUACAAUCUUUAUAUGCCUUUAGCCAUUGCAUAAAGCAUCAAAACGUUUCAGUUCAAUAUGUACUGGUAGUACUAGUAUAUAUAUAUAUAUAUUUACUUAAUGUACUCCUUCCUUUUAAUUCUAAAAAAAAAAUUUGAAUGAACAAAAAAUUAAAUAUUUUACAGAUACCUAGCGCAGAGUCAGCGAGAUGCUCUCUUGGAAGAACCUAUUGAUCUUUUAUCAGGCAAGUCUUUCUUUUCUUGAAGUUAUGAUGAACAUUUAAUAAGCCAUCUGUGGAAGAUGUACAAAUACCUAACAUUAAAAGGAACCGUUAAUUUCAGAAAUCAACAAUGACACAGAUAGUCCACAAUCGCUAAAGUCAUCAUCAGUGCCUUCAGAUAGACCAAAUCAAGAAAAAGGAAAACAGAGGAAGCAUAAAGAGAAAUCCAAAUAAUGUAUAGUAUAUUAUUAUGUUUUAGUUACCGGGUAUCGUUGAACUUAUUUCAGGACAGCUAAUUUUUUCUUUAAACAAGACAAUUUAAAGUGAUUAUUUAUUUGUGCUUUAACAUAAUAUAUGUAUAAUGUAAAUUCUUUCCGUCAUGUGUUUAAGCUCUUAAUUCUAUUUUAAUCUAAUGGUUAACUUUUGAACAAGUUUCCAUGUAUACAAAAAAUGAAAAAAUAUGACAAACCCAUGAGCAACACUUUUAAAAUGUUACCCUUUAUUUUAAUCUAAGCUGCAGUUGGUACUUUGGAUGUGGUCAAAUUAUAUGAAUGGUUUAAUGCAUUGAGGUAUGUUGGAUUUAAAUGACCAUAAACAAUUGACAAUGCAUUAAUUUUUCACUAAUUUCUAUCUGCAUAAUUUCAGUAAUUUUAUUUAUCUGUGAAUAUAUUCAGAGAACUCCACAUUUUUACACAGAUUUUCGGUAUCUUUAUUUUUUUCCAGAUAAAAAAAUGAGCUUUAUUAUUAUUCAUGUUUUUUUAAUGAGGGGAUCAACAUGUUGCCUCUGCACUGAAAUGUUAAGAUUAUUAAAAAUAUAUUUUUUUUAAUGUUAUAACUGUUCAUAUUUAAAUGGAAAUAAUAUUAAGUUAUAAAAGUCACAUACAGUUAGACGUCAAUAAUCCGGACUUAUCUUCAUCCGGAUUUUUCAAAUCCCAUAGUGAUCCUGGUAUCUUCAAUUCAUUAAAUUAAAUAUAAAAAUAUAACUUAGCUUACAAAACUAGUUUACUGGAAAAAUAGAAAGAAAGGAAACAAAAUUACUGCACUAGUCAAAACUUAACAAAAAAUAUGCCUGUAUUUCAAACCACACAAAGUAUUGUGCAUGCAAUUAUUUAUGGAAAAAAAGUCUUUCAUCUAAAUAUAAACAUGUGUUUAAACUCUAAAGGUCACCAUUUACCUGGUGACAUGUGAAAGGUUAUUGUCAUGGUGGUGCCCAUGAGCACUUAGAAUUUUUUUUAGUUGUGUUUAGAGAUGUGAAUCAAUUAAUUUUAAACCAUGUUCUGUUAAAAUUCUCACUCACAAAAGAAAAAACCUGAUUCAACCACCUGUUUUUUUGAUGCUCUGAAUUUCCAACAUUACUGUACGUAAGCAGGUUAACUUUUUAAAAGCUUGGAUUAUUGUUGUACUGAACCCUAACCCUGUUAUUUAUAAUCUGGUUAAGUCUCCCUGAAAAAUUUCAAGACCAACAACAAAAUAUGAAUAAAAAUUUGGUGAAACAUGAACAUGUAGAAUGAUGGCCAUAAUGCAAACCUCAAGAUGUAUGUGAUAAAUGUUAUGUUGACCAAUGGACAAAGAUUUAUACCUAGUGUAACACCAACCAUGGUACACUGAUUAUUUUUAAUAGACUUUCUUUCUAUUUGGGUGGAUGUGAGGAUGGAGCGUUACUAUUUUUUACACACUGACAUUUUCGCUCAGUAAAUCAUUUUCUCGUGAAGUGGUCAAUUUAACAGUGAUGAUUGUCUCAUUGCAACUGUGUUGUGUCAACAUCGUAUCUACUCAUGGGUCAACAGAAGUAAAAUGAUACUGUCGCUCGUUGUUGACAUGGUCACCCUAAUUCUCAUGGUUGACCAUGUCAGUUUCAUGGUUGAGUGAAGGGGUGGGUGGGUAACUUUUUUUAUUUUUAUACCCAAGUAAAUAGUUUAUCCUAAAAGUCACUUUGACCAGGAUUUUUUUAAGGAAUUGAUGUUUAAAAAGUAAAUAAUUCUACUUUUAUAGAUACCAUUUAGUCCUAAAGUCUGUGCAGAAAAUAUUUCCAAAAAUGAAUAAUUAUAGAACAUAUUUUAGUUAAGUCUACAUUCAUUUCAAAUCCUUGCUUCAUAGAGUGUUUAUCCACACUUCUGGACAGCCUUUCUUUGCGUUUUAAGAAGUUUUAAAUUAUUUUCUACUUUUUCGUGCAUUUUAACUUGUCAUUGAUAAAAAGUAUUUUUAUACAAGUUUUUAAAUUAUUUUUUUAUUCAAAUACUAAUGUGUGAAGCAGUUUUCAGCAAGUGUAAAUAGUAUUAACAUUUGUGCUAGGUUGUUCCCAAUCUUGAGUGGUGAUUAAAGUUAUUUGAAUUGUAACUUAUAAAUUUCGCAUCUGCCAAUUUGACUUUUCACUUCAAUUUAUUAACUUUCAUUUUUCAAAAUACUGGCUGCAAUUAUCAAAUAAUUUUAAAGUUUAAUCAUUUUUAAAAAUUUAAGCUUGAGGUGUCUUUACUGCUUCAUCUUCACUAAUGUCUUUUAAAUAAUAAUCCAUUGAUUAAAAUUCUCUUUCUGUGAUCAAUAGAGUGGCACCUUACGUAUUUUCACAAUUGAAUGUAUCUCUGUAGGGUAUUUCUACAACUGAAUGUAUUUCCCUAUUUCAUAUUGUUUAUGUCCGGGAACUUAGUUUCCAUUUUUUAUUUGAUACAACAAAUUGACAUGCCAUACUAUUGCACAUGGGAUUAAUGGGAAUCAAAACCACAUGAAAAUCGUACAUUGUUUACAUGAAAAAAAUUUUAAUUGCUUGUCAAGUUGAAAUAAUAUCACUUUACAUUUUUUACAAUCUGUCCAAAAAAAUAAUAUGUAUUUAAAAAUGGUGUGCUAAUGAGUAAUUAAUAAUAAAACCUGGUUUUCAAUUGAUAUAUAUUUA